CUCCCCUCCUUUCUUCUUGCCCUUGACCCCGUCAUAACUCUGUCAGCUGGGCGACUUUGCUCCAUAGCCUCAGACCAUCUUCUCCCGCAUACCACUCGCUACUCUGCCCAACCCACUCCUUCAACCCUGAUAGCGGAAAAAGAACACACGUCAAACAAAAGAACGAAACUUGAUACCCUUGCUCCUUUUUCUUCAAAUACAGCAUACAGCGUAUCCCGACCUCGAUUUUCUUAUACUUUACCAUCCUUUACUGAACCACAUUUUAUUAUCGCAGCCCUUUCAGAAACUACAAAACAUUUUUUUUUGUCCGGAGGAGUUUAGACAAAUAGAAGGAAAAGACCUCUACGAAAGCCCUCUGACACUUUUCGUGAGCCCUCCCUCGGAAUACCCACGCCGCUCGUUACUAUCCCUUCUUUUCCAAUGGGAAUUGUAUACAAGAACUAUCUGCACGUGGAAAGCGGAGGAAAGAUCCUUGUUUGCAACUCGUGCAAGACACACUUUGCCACAUACGAUCACAUCCUUGACAGACGUUUUUACGGCCAAUACGGAAAGGCGUACCUUUUCUCGAAUGUGAUUAAUGUCUAUGCAGGCGAAGCGGAAGAUAGGAAAAUGAGGACAGGGUUACAUACUGUCCAGGACAUCCACUGUGCUGAAUGCUCAACUGUUGUGGGGUGGAAAUACCUUGUAGCAUAUGAGACUGACCAACGUUACAAGGAGGGGCGUUUCAUCCUCGAAAGAACCCUGCUGGAUUACAUUCAAAUGUAAAAUACGCUUCCCAUGGAGCGUUCCUACAUUGUAGCUGCUAAGUGGAUAUUUGACAUUCCCCUCCUCACUUCUCAGUUAACCCAAUUUUUUUUAGAGCCGCAUGAUUGCCAAGAGUCCGCACAAUUGUUUAGUUCUUUCGGUCCAAGGGGUAGUCAAUACUUUUCUUCUUUUCAUCAUUUUCGUCACCUUGAUUUUACAUAGACUCUUUCUGUUCGAUUUUUGUUCCGACAUGACAGCAGCAAUACAUUCGCAUUCACUUAUCUACUAAGAAUCAAACAAACAAAAUAGGAAAGGCUCUAGAAAGGCGAAAUGGAUAAAUGGAUAAGAAAUUUGCCUUUCCUAUGAUAUGUCUUUAGCAAUUAGAUUGCUGUUAAUCUUACCUGCAUCUACUGCUACCAAAACAAUCACACAUCACAGAG